AUGCCGUCUCUGAGAGGCCGUCCUUCGUCCAGCCAAGCUACCGAGAAGCUGCUCCCAACGACGCCUGUCUCUCCUGGCGAGCCGUCACGGCAAGCCCCGGCCAGGAGGCCCGCACCAGGGCUGACCACCACGUCUGGCCCCCAAACCACCACCACCCCAGUGGCGGCGGCCGCCGAGCCUGGUCGUUUUCGCAGCCUGUUCCAGCGGAGCAAAUCUCUUCGCAAUCCUUCGCGUGGCUUGCAUAAGACUGCAGGGGUGCCCUCCGCCGGCCUGGGUCCAGAAAAGGCUGUUGCUAUCACCGAGCACCAACGCCAAGAUGUGGUGGUGACAGAAUCCCCAACAAGAACGGAGAGCGCCUCGUUCACCACUAGGCAGCACGCUGCUCCUCUCCUUCGGUCUCAUCCAUCGUCAACUCACUCAGAGCCACCGACACCGAGGCCGCCCCCGGAUCAGUUAGAGCAUCCCGCUGAGGCCAUGGGCAAGAUGCCACCGCUGCUGAAAAAGAGGCCGAGCUUUCGGGAUCGCUUUCGGCGCAAGCCAAGCCCGCCGACCCAAGUGGCUCCGGAGGAACCACGAGUGCACUCGGUAUACGUCCCUAGGCAUGCUGCAUCGGACUUCUCCCGCCUGUCCGUACCACCGCGACGGCAUGAGAUCUUCCCCAUAGCCGAGUCGCCCGUCGUCGCACCUCCACCUCGAGACGACCACGAGCUGGCACGAGUCGAGGUUCCAAGACGACUGCAACUUGAAGAUGAGAAGCCGAGAUAUUCACACGCGCAGCAAGAUUCACUAGGUGUCAGCAGGUUAAGGGAAGACACAGAUCGGGGAGGGCAAGGACAUGGUCCGACGACACAAAGCCGGCCACAGCAUGGACCCGCGGCGCAGAUGAAACCCGUUCCUACGCAUCAUCGCUCAUCGAGUACGGCGAGCGACGAUACACCGGACCGCAGAGAACCAGCGCAGACCGCAGGGCACGAUCGUCAGGACGACAACGCUCGUCAAGAGCAGACACUCGGAGCAGAGGCCGCGCCAGAAGCAGAGCCCUCCUCCGACUACCAGGAAUUCCUGUCGCGCGCCGCCGCCGAGGACCGCGCCCACCGCGAGCAGGUCUGGCGCGCCCUGACCAGCGCCAGCCGCGCCGCCCCCCGCUCGCGCCUCGAGUCGGUCGCCGACACCGCCCUGGCGGCGGCCGAAGGUAGCGGCGGCGGCGGCCCGUUCGACACGGUGGGCAGCUCGCGCAGCGCCAGCCCCGGCAACGACGCGCCCAACUACUUGCUCGCCGCCGCGCCUCGGCGCAGCUGGGGCCGGCAACAACAACACGGGCCGGCGGCAGCAGCGACCUCGGGUCGAGACGGCGGCGAUCUCCCCGCGCUUGCCGAACACGGCGGCCAUCAUUGGCAGGUGGUCGCGGGCGUACAACCUACCGGUCGCGCUCUCGGCGGGACAACGACCGGAGCGCAGCAGCCCCGUGGCCUCAAGAGGCAUUCCAACAUGGCCCAGCGCAUCGCCCAGUACGUGCGUCCGGCCACGGAUACGGGCGGCUCUGCGGCCAAGGACAUGGGCAGCCGUGCUUGA